GACACGGACUCCCAUCAUACACAGAUUUGAACCAUCCAAGGCUUGGCAGCAACAUUCCGACCGACAUCAUCGUCAUUUCCUGGCCGCCGGAAUUGCAAGUGAUCCAUCCUCUUCUCUCGCCUAAGCUUCUAGGUACAGUAAGACCUGUCCUUGCUGGACAGGCAGCGCCACACCAUGGCGAAAGGCGAGAAAGAGACUCUCCCAAUAUACGAGUUGCGUCCUCCUCCGUGGCUGCCGAAGACACACGCCUCAGCGGAUUUAGGGUACACUGGAUUUCACCCUCCUCGUCCAGACGACAUAGAAGAGGUCCUAACGGACGUCACUGUCCAGAAUGGACUCGUUCUCCCCCAUGUGGUUUCGGCAGAGGGCUGGACGGCUGUCAGUCUGGUGCAGGGACCGCAGAACCUCCACCACUUGGAAGACCUCAUGAACAAGAUCUUUCUGCGUCGCUCUGAGAACGUUCCACCCGUCCCCGCCUCCACCUUUCGCAUGCCGUCGCGGGUGACCCUGAACGACACAAAGCGAAACCAGUGGUUCGCCGACCUCGCGAACCCCGACUUUCCCCUGUACAAGCUCGGCAAGAACGUGCCGCAUGGCGCGAAGGGCCACGACCUCCUCGACCUUCUGCAGUCCAACAAUGUUGCUAUUCCUCGCGCAGUCUGGUUCCUCCGCGUGUUUGGAGGGAACGAGUCCGCAGGCCUCCGCAACAAACCGGGGUACAAUCCCACCCAGUACAGCAUCGAGUGGGCGAACGUCGUCACGAGCUACAUGAAGAAGCUGCUCGCGGACAUCGCCCUCCCGACCGCACCCCGCCCCGGGCUGAACAUCAAGAUGACCUUCAAGAACAUGCUCGCAGACCCGCAGCUCCGCGAGCGCUGGACCUCGCGCUUCAGCUACUGUUUGGAGCUCCUGCGCACGUUCUACGCGGAGGGCCUCGUCGACAACCGCACGUUCCUGACGUGGCUCGUCCAGCAGAUGGGGACGUGCAAUCUGGCGCAAUUGGGCUUUGUCGCCCGCCUCGCUGACGAAUACCUCGAUGGCCUGCUUAUCAACCGCGCUCUCACGCAUCACUUCGUCGAUGCCUGCUUGAACCGGUUGGUGGAGAUUCGCUCAGCAUCAGCGAAGGACCUUCUCGAAAAUCUUGAGAGCACGCUGAGGAAUCUAAUAGCACGCUCGUUCCUCGCGCUUCCCGACGCAUUCGUCAGUCCGCGCGCAUGGCAAUUACAUUCGGAGCUGCUGGGUGGGAUACUCUCUGGCGCGGUCGCGCCGACCGAGGGCACUCCACCGCAGAACACGCAGGCGCUCCAGCAGACGUUCCAGGACCUCUUCGCAGAUGUCAAGCGCCGAAACGAAGCCAUGCUGUUCCGCCAUUUGCCUCCCCGCGUUGUGGGAAGCCUCACGUCGGCGCUCUCAGAUAUCAAGCUUUUGAAUUCGUUGUCCGGUGACACAGACAUUGGAAGCGUUAUAUUCUUCGAAGACGCUUCGAUUCCGCACCCGUCGUUCGCGCGCAAGCUCGACAUACUCCUCACAUGGAGCGUCACCUCGCUGCAAUACGGUGACCACAGGCCGUACGCCGCAGCGUGCAUCCUCGAGGAAUGGCGGCGCAAGGCGGGCGAGCGGGCGAUCCGCCACGAGGCGGAAUCACCGGACCAGUUCAUCCAGGACCAGGUCUUCGAUUGGCUUGACGGUUCGUGCGACGCCGCCGACCCGGAGAACCUGCUCGCGGUCUCGCUUCUCUUAGGUCAUCUCGUUAAGCAAGGCUUGUUCUCUUACCAGCAGUACGUUCAACGCCUCAUCGCCCGUGGCGAGGCCGGGCUGUCGUUUGGUCAGGGAGGUCAUUCACGCCAUAGAGAGUUCCUGCGAUGGACGUGUCUACAUACCGCAGACGCGUCGGUCAUCCGCCAGCGCAAGGUCACCCUAUAUGGCGUUCGCGCGCGGCAGACGCCGGAGGAUGAGCACGAGCACCAGAUGAGGGGCGAGCUUCGACGAUUGCUUCCGGAGGUGUUCAAUGGUCAGGGCCGAGAUGCCCAGUCGUUGGCCACCAAGUUUUGGGAGAGCUGUCCCACUUUGUUGUCGUCGCCUCGGUAUGAACAAGUCAGGACGAUACGAGAGUGGUUUCUCCCAAUUUUGCGGAAGCAUAUAUCCAGCCAGGAAAAAGCCUUAGCAAAUGACAGCAGCGAUGUCCUAAAGACGUUUACGAUGUCUGCUAUCCUCAUGGCCCGCACGAAAUGCUACGGCUCUUUGCUCGAUCUUACCCUCUUCACGCUUGAGCGAGCAACUACCCAUCCGCUUCUAGUCGGGGUACUUGAGACGCUUUGCCAGCACAUGGAAGUCUGGGCGUGCAUGAACGUUAUCAAGAACGUCGCCGCUGGCCUAUAUGCGGCGCAUCAGUACUGGCGAGGACGAGGCAUUCAUAGUCGACAACUAUUGUUGCUCCUCAUGCAAGUGGACAAGGAUUGCUAUCUGGAACCGACACAGCGAGAUCAAGUCCUGAAUGACAUAUCCGCAUACAGCCACGCCUUACACCCUAUGAGCCAAAAUUCCAAUGCUGUUCCCGUGCACCUACCCGAGGUCCUUCUGCUCGCGACAGACCCUAAUCCAGAAGCCCCCUCGAACCUUGCCAAAAGCUUGUGGUACAAGUACAUGACGACAUCGAAUUGGGCCUGGACAGUCUGGGACAACACGAUUGCCAGUCUUCGCCAAAUACCUGUCAUGAUUACGGACGUCGAGGGGCGCCUGACAUGCGCUCUCAAGUAUGCGCAUUUCCUGUGGCAAGUCGACCAGCACCUCCCUCAGGGUUUCGACUCCCACGUACUCGAGUGGUUCCUCGGCUCAGGCCGGAACGAAGCCGCCGCGCUCACAGUGGAAGUCUGGGACAUCGUCACAGUGGUCCUGCUUCAACUCUGUGUAUAUGGAGCCCUCACCACCACCACGAUCUUGCAGGGACUCAUCUAUCCUGUAUGGCAAAACGCAGCCACGGCGUCCUCUCCCGAACAGGGUCAAAGUCUGGAAGUGCUCCUAUCCGCGAUCAACGCCCUCUUCGAACGCCUGCUCCUCAGGGACGAAUGUGGCACUGGCCUGCCUCCUGCUGACGUCUUCGAAGCACAGGCGCUGCGCACUCGGCGCCGAGACGUGUUCAGGGAACCCCAUUUCUCUAAGCUCGUGGACAACCUGCCUGCCGUCGUUCUCGUCGAGCAUAACGAUUUCCUUUCCGACACCCUGCGGCAAGGCUCGCGAGCCCUGCGAGAGUCCAUCUGUCGCUUCAGCGUGUUCCGACUGGGGGUUUAUCGUGAUCUUGACGCCGUGAGAUGUGCGUACGAGAGGCUUCUUGAAAGCCGGUCCGUGUCCGAAGAGCUGCACGCGCAUCUGGUCACUGCACUUCGUCUCAUGCUGCGUGACCCCAGCCAAGGUUCUGCAGAAGACAGUGAUGGGUUCGCCACUAUGUCGUCCCUUCUGACGCCGUGGAAGCUGGCCGCUACAGCCAUCGAGAUGCGUCUGACGCUCAAGCAGCUUGCAGAAGGCCUGACAAGGGAGGCCACGCGGAGCGCAGCAAACGCCACCCUAGAUCGGCUCGGAAACUUUGUAUUCCACCAGUGCAAGUCCACCGAAGAGGUCGACUUUGUCGCGGAGAUGAUGACCGAAGUCAGCAGGGACGUCGCCGGAAAGUUUGUCAAUGCAGGCUUGCAGCGCAUCAUUGAGCUGCUGCAGGAGCAUUUCGACCCGAAGAACGAAGACAAUGUCCACGCGUUCGUCAGCAACACAGGUGAAGUCUUGAGGCUGCUAUCGAAGAUCGUAGAGCGCUUCCGCCACAACGCGACCCUCCCGAUAUUAGAUCCUGCAGUUCAGGACAGGUUCUUCUCAGGUCUGGUUGGUAGGUUGGCGCAGAUGAAAGAAGCAUGGGCUGCAGGGCGGUCAGAUGACGAGGAUGACUCGCUCAAUCAGGCAUCUCACUGCAUUAUCUUCCUCUCUCGCCUGCUGCAGUUCGACUUGGGGUUCCCAGGCGCGUGGACGCCUCAAGCUACGGACCUCAGCGCAACGCUCUGCAAGAUACUCAUUGACUUGCUUCUGCUCCAUGCAGACGGUUCCGGUCUUGACACUGUAGCUUUCCCACUACUCUUCGACACCCUCCUCUACCUCCUAGAUGAGACACCCGUGGACCCGAAGAGCGCCACCUUCGACCCCUUCCGGAACUACCCCGAGAUCGAACUCUGCCACCUCCCCACAGGCACGCCUCCAGAGUACCGCGCGCGCAUCCGGACGCUUCUCCCGUACGUUGCGUUGAACCCCGCCGUGGCCGACCUCGCCUACGCAACGCGCGACGCCUCCAGCGGGCUGUCGCUCACCCAGCCCGUGCAGAACCGGCCCUGGGAGUGGACGGAGUACCUUGGGGACGUGUCCCCCGGCGAGGUCAACCCCCGGACGGACGAGCGGGCGGGCACGCGCAUCGAGGAGCACGCGAGCGUGCGCAACUGCGCAAGCAUUGCGCUUGAGCUGUUCGGCGCACGUCUGACGGGCGACGUCCUCGUUUCCGCGCACGCGGCCGGGGAUCAACAUGUCGAGGCUACGCUGAGGACCUUUCAGGACGACCGGGCGGGUGAGAGCGUGUUCGCGAGAGAUUGGCGCGAGGCGAGGGUUCCGCUGAACGACGACUCCGCGAGAUCGAGGUCGGGGACGGACCAUGAAGACGAGCAGGCUGGUGGCGCUGUCGCUGGCACCGCAGGGCAACACCAAGCCGCCUCUCGCCGCGGGUCGCCCGCGCUCUCUAUCCGCUCGGGGGUUGCGCGUGUAUCGGGUUUGAGCUCGGCUGGUUCGCGGAGGCAGAGCCCGGCAACUAGCACGACCAUAGGCCAUCCUCUGAGUCGUCUGUCCGUGUCGACAGCGUCAGAGCCCAUCGACGUGGACGCGUUUGAUUUUGCGAACGGGUCAACGAGUGCUGUGAAGCGGAAGCAGGAUGAUGACGAUGAAGUGCAGAUCGUCGAGGGCCCGGGGCCCUCUCGGGCAAGCAAGAGGCCGAGAGCGAAGGUAGGGGCAAAGACGAAGGGGAAGAAACGGUGAUACUCCGGCUUUGGCGACACUGAGCGUUCUGCUCCUUUCUGGUUUGGUUUCAUAUGUGAUACUCGCUGAACAUC